AUGCCAACGGUUGCUGAUUCCUAUGGCUCUCAUGGUAGCCAAAUGAAACAAGAGCAUCCUUCUUCAUUUACACAGGGGAUAAAGAUGGUGAUGAAAAGUGUGGAUUUACGCUCAGACACGGUUACUAAACCGACCGAUGCGAUGCGGGAAGCAAUGUGUAAUGCAGAGGUGGACGAUGACGUCCUCGGCUACGACCCAACGGCUCGACGUCUUGAAGAGGAGAUGGCUAAGAUGAUGGGGAAAGAAGCGGCUCUGUUCGUGCCAUCUGGUACAAUGGGGAACCUGAUAAGCGUGAUGGCUCACUGCGACGUGAGAGGCAGCGAAGUGAUUCUUGGCGACAACUGUCACAUCCAUGUUUACGAGAACGGAGGGAUAUCAACAAUCGGUGGAGUGCAUCCCAAGACUGUCAAGAAUGAAGAAGACGGGACCAUGGACUUGGCUGCCAUUGAAGCAGCCAUUAGAGAUCCUAAAGGAAGCACGUUUUAUCCAUCGACAAGGCUGAUUUGUCUGGAGAACACACACGCCAACUCUGGCGGGAGAUGUUUGAGCGUUGAAUACACAGAGAGAGUUGGAGAGAUUGCCAAGAGACAUGGUUUGAAGCUUCAUAUCGAUGGAGCUCGGAUUUUCAAUGCUUCCGUCGCACUUGGAGUUCCAGUACAUAGGCUUGUAAAGGCUGCUGACUCUGUUUCGGUGUGUCUCUCAAAAGGUCUUGGAGCUCCGAUAGGAUCUGUGGUCGUUGGUUCGCUGAGUUUCAUAGAGAAAGCCAAGAUAUUAAGGAAAACAUUGGGUGGUGGAAUGAGACAAAUAGGGAUUCUGUGCGCAGCCUCUUUGGUCGCACUCCAAGAGAACCUUCCAAAGCUACAACUUGACCACAAGAAGGCUAAAAUGUUAGCUGAAGGGUUGAAUCAAGUGAAAGGGAUCAGAGUAAACGUUGCAGCCGUGGAGACCAACAUGAUAUUCAUCGAUAUGGAGGAUGGUUCAAAACUUACCGCUGAGAAACUGCGCAAGAGUCUAGCCGAGUUUGGCAUUCUCGUCAUCCCGGAAAACUCAUCCCGGAUCAGAAUGGUGAUACACCACCAGAUAACAGCAAGCGAUGUGCAUUACACAUUGUCUUGCUUACAACAAGCAGUGCAAACGGUAGAGGAACCAACCCGAAUCUAA